AUGCAGAAGCAGCAGCUGACCUUGGAUGCCGCCUACAAGUUCACGCUCUGGUACGCGCUGCUGUGCGAGGCCCAACGCGGGCAGGCGAGGCCGGCGGAGCGCCGCGCCCGCGACACGUGUGUGCGGCACAUCGCCUCCGCGAUGCUCAAGGCCUCGCUCCCGCGCAAGGCGCUGAAGAGCUGCUGCUUGUCCGGGGCCUGCGGUAGGAGCUCGCUGACCCACACCAGCGUUCACUUUGGGCGGCCCGACGUUUCCCCCGCGCCUGGUGAGCGCGAUGAUGUGUGCCAGUGCCUGGCACACGCCACGGCGUGCGUCGGGCGCCCGGUUCGUCUUGCGGUGACGGACUACGUCUCCUCAGCCUCGCUUACCGGGGACCGCUACGGCGGCUUGCGCUGCAUGCUGCGCCACAUGCCACUCCGCGGCGCCACAUUUGCCGGCGUCCCGGGACUGCAGGACGCGCAGCACGUGGUGGCGGAGCUCGGCGCGGCGCUGCCGGCGCAGGCGGGGUCGCUCAGACGCCUCAGCGUGGGCGGCCUGCCAGCCCACGUCGCGCUCUCCGCCCUGCUGUCCAGCAUGGCGGCGGUGGACUGCCUGACGGAGGUGCGCCUCGAGGACUGCGGCCUGCAGGAAGUUGGGGAGCUGCUCCCGUACCUGCGGGGGACACGGCACCUGCGACGGCUUUCGCUGCGCGGCAACCAGGGCAUCGCGGAGGGGGCCGCCGCGCUGGGCGACGCCGUGGCCGCCUGCGCCUCCCUGCUCUCCCUCGACUUGGGCCUCUGUCGCCUGCGUGACGAGCAUUUGCAGCGGUUUCUCAGUCGCCUGCAGGGGUUUGCGCGGCGGGCCGCCUUUGCGCUGGACGUGUCCAACAACGUCCUGAGCAGCCUCGCCUUUGAGCGCCUCCGCGACGCCCCCGCGGCGUUUCGGGCGGCCGUGAGCGAAGUGGACCUCAGCGGGCACAACCUGCAGGGCUGCGGGGGCGUUGCGGCCGCCAUGCUCGCGGAGCUUACCGCGCUGCGCGGGAUUCUGCUGAAUCAGUGCGCCCUCGACCCGCGCGACGUGCAACGGCUGUGCCGCGUGCUUAGCCAGACAAAACGACGCUGGCGGCGCUUGUCGUUUCGCGGCAACGGCUUCACCGCCCACGACGUCAAGCGGCUGGUGCUCGUCUCACUUGCCGCGGAGUCGUCGCUCUGUGUGGCGGGCAACGCCAUCGGCGCCGGUGUGCAGAAGCUGAACCUGCCCUCCGUGCUGCCCUUUUUGUGCGAGCUCGACCUCUCCCUCUGCGAGAUCAGGGACGAGGGGCUGCUGCAGCUGGCCAGCGCCCUCGAAAAGGCGCAGCCCCUCGCCCUGCGGGUGCUGCGCCUGGACGGCAACGACAUUGGCGUGGAGGGAAAGAAGGUGUGCGGGGGGCUGCAGUUUCUCGGGCGGGCCCUGCGGGCGAGCUACGCCCCACGCCUGGAGGUGCUCUCCCUCGCCCACAACAGGCUCCUGCUGCGGCCGCUGCUGACGCUGGUGGAGCAGGUCUCCGCCACACUGCGGGAGCUGCAUGUCUCCCACUCCUCCAUCGCCAACGACUACAGCGAGGUGAUGCAUCUUGUUGGGGCCAUCGUUCGGCGCCAGAAAGGGAGCCUCGGGUUCGAGCAGCUCGACCUCUGGGCGUUCUGUGACGCCGACGCCGACGUCGCCUGCGGCGGCGAGCUGCGAGCGUGGCUCGAGGCGCAGCGGCCUAUCCGGGUUUUCAUGGGGGCGGGGUGA